UUUGCAAGCGUCGUGGGUAGGAGAUCCAAUCGUCAGGUUGGUAAGUUGUGCUAUGGCUACAAUAUUAUUGCCACAAUUAUUUUUAUAUUCAAUUAAACUCGAGAUGUAUGAUUGUAUGAAAUAAUACAUAUCUCAUAAUUGGAUUAAACCGAUUAAAAAUUACAUACGAUGAUAUGCGUAUACAUCAGAGCGGUGCUGUACGAUAACGUAAAGUCGAUUAUCCCUUCCACCUCGCCUUCCACUGAUGUCUCAACACUUCAACACUCUGUAUAUGAGAUAACCUAAUUUCUCAUAAACAUUUUUUUAUCAAAUCUAGGGCAUUGACUCAUGAAACGUUGAUAAGCAGGUGAUUGAACUAAAAGUGAAAUUGAACACAAAAAUGUCCUCUUCAGAGUUAAUCCAGUUUAUCAAUUGCAAAAUCUUGAGAAACCAUACUCUAACUGAGGAGCAUUUAUGGGUACGAAAUGGCAAAAUUAUUAAUCCCGAAGAUGUUUUUUUCGAUGAGAAAAUUAAAGCAGACACUGUCAUUGACUGCAAUGGUUGCAUCAUAGCACCUGGAUUUAUUGAUAUACAAAUAAACGGUGGGUUUGGAGUCGACUUCUCCAAUUGUGAUAAUAUCGACAGUGGACUUGGCAGAGUAGCAAAAAGUUUACUAAGUUCUGGUGUGACCUCGUUCUGUCCAACGAUUGUUACAUCACCAAAUGAUGUCUACAAGCAUGUGUUGCCACAAAUUAAGAAAAGUCAGGGAGGUUUGCAUGGUGCGACCGUAUUAGGCAUACACCUGGAAGGUCCGUUCAUUAAUAUCAAUAAGAAAGGGGCCCAUCCACCCAAGUUCAUAAAGGAUUUGGAUGAAGGUUUUCAAAGUCUUGUUCAAACUUACAGUACAUUAGAAAAUGUCUCAAUAAUUACGCUGGCACCUGAGUUAAAACACGCAAAUGAAGUCAUAUCUAAACUAACUAGCUUAGGUAUAACGGUAUCAGUAGGUCAUUCCAUGGCCAGUUUGAAGGAUGGCGAAAGCGCUAUAAGCAGUGGGGCUACCUUAAUCACUCAUCUUUUUAAUGCGAUGCUUCCUUUUCAUCACCGUGAUCCGGGAUUAGUAGGGCUUCUGGCGUCGCAUAACACCCUAGUGGACAAGAUCGUGUACUUCGGUAUUAUAUCAGAUGGGAUUCACACUCACCCUGCGGCUUUACGAAUUGCCUACAGAAUACACCCUGAUGGGUUGGUUUUAGUCACAGAUGCAGUUUCUGCCAUGGGUUUGGAAGAGGGGAGACAUAACAUCGGCCAGUUGUCAGUAGAAAUUAAAAAUGGAAUGGCACUUGUGGCCGGUACCAAUACACUAUGUGGAAGUAUUGCGACUAUGGAUACAUGUGUAAAAAUAUUCUUACAAUCAACGGGUUGUUCUAUAGAGUAUGCCUUAGAAGCUGCAAGUUUACAUCCAGCUGAAGCAUUAGGAAUAGUACACAAAAAAGGCACUUUAAAUUUUGGAGUUGACGCUGAUUUUAUAUUUUUGGAUUCAGAUUUAAGUCUCUUAAGUACAUGGAUAGCUGGCAAGUGUGUGUAUAAGAAAUAGAGGUUGUUAAAAUUAUGUGAUAAUCAUAAAGGUUUUCUAAUGUAUUUUUAUAUUAAUUAAAUUUUUACAUCACUA